AUGCAGAAAAGCCUAGGGGAAGAUAUAACAAAUGAACUGGAACAAUUUGUGAAAUAUAUGGAAGAUGAGGACAUAGACAGCUAUGCAUCUAGUUGUUUGGACCAGGGUUACAAAAAUUCACGCAACGGCAUCAUAUUUAUGGCGAACAAAGUCGCAGAUAGAAUUAUGUGCACACUCAUGUCAGGAGCAUUAUUUUUCAUGAAUGGGUGGGGUACACACGUUAGGCACAGGGAUCAUACAGACCUUAAAGAUGAAGAGUUGAAGGCACAUAUAAGGUGCGCAAUAGUAAAUAUAUUUAUGAACAUAUUGCUGGCAUCUAAAUGCAGAAGUCAAUUUGGCAUCAAUCAUGCAUGGUACACCAUGAAAGAGACGGAACCCGACUUCGGGGGUGGUUUAAUAACCGACGGUACAUGUGGACAGGGAGUGUUUGCAGAUAUACAAAUCAAUGACUUCCACAUGGAGACAAUGAUUCAGACCUGGUUAGAGAACAAACAGAGCUUGACUGACAACUUUGCAGGUCCCGAAAUACAAAGCACAUGUAGGAAACCAUUAGGGGCACGCGUAGGCGGCACAAUCGAUGCACAUACCAUGGAUGAGAACACAGACCUGAGGCCAGAGGAGAAAGACGCUAUACGUACGUUAGGCCAAGCACUGAAGACCAUAGUUGAGGAGGUACAGAAAGAAGUAGUGAAAUGCGCGGAGGACAAUGGCGCAUGCAUGCAGUCUAUCGACGCUGUCACAGGUAGAAAUCGAGAGGGUGAUGACAGUGAGGCCUCAGCACCCAACUCUGUCGCAAGCGCUACACCAGCACCAAACGAACCGCCAGGUGCAGCGGCGAAGCCUGUUGCGACGAAACCAGAGGUACCACCAGCUAAGGUACCAGAGGUACCAAAGGAGGUUGUUCCUGAGAACAAACCUUCGGAGGCAGGUGCUGGGACAGAUGGAAGAGGACGCUCCGAGGAGUCCGCAACGGGACCCGUACCACAACCCCCACCUGCGGAACCACCCUCGACACCAUCAUCACCUCCAGCGCCACCAGCAGGGAACACACACGUAGGCAGGGCACAUAAAAGAGGGCCAGAGGACGGGGCACCUGCAGGAUCAGCACGGGGAGGACAACCAUCAUCAACAUCACAAGAUCCGGCGACCUCGGGAACAGGACCCGCAGUGACGCACACUGACAAUACAGGUAAGUGUACAAGUACAACCGCAGUUCAUGUGGCGAAGAAUGCAGGCAAGGGCAUCCAAGGUGCCUCAUCCACCACCACCCUUUCUUUUGUGUCGAGCCCAGACGCUAAUAAUGAAUGUGAGAAGAAGUCCAAGGACUCGGGACCAGGUAGUGUCCUGAGUGCAUUUCGACAACAACAACAAAAAGAAAAAAAAAGAAACAACAAUUUCCGCAGAGACAGGGAGCGACACCACGGAGACAGGGGCAGAGAGAAACCAAACGUCGAAUGA